AUGGUACGAGAGCAGGAACCGGCGCGCAACCCGCUCACGCCCUCCAUGGGGAACUCCGCGCCUCCUCCGAAACCUCAGUCCAAAGACAAAGACCGAGACCGAGUCACGAACGCGAGAGCAGCAGCAGCAGCACCUCGGCCACAGCCAUUCUAUCCAGCUCUGCAGAAUGCCGCUCUUAACCAGCCGGAAUUCGGCAAGCCGACCACCCUGGGCGCCUCGCCACAGCCGUUUGCGAAGACGCAGCCGCUGGUGAGACCGGGUGCCAACGUCUCAGUGCCCCGACAGGCAAGCGGAAGCCAGAAAGACAAAUACUCCAAGCUUUUCGUGGCUCCGAAGAAUCUCGGCCAGCGACCAGAGCUGCAUAAACCCCACGUCACUGCGAACCCGUUGCAAGCGUUCCGAGAUCUCAAGCCCGGUGACGGCAAGCCCACGAAAUCAUCUUCGUCUCGCGCGACCGUCGAAGAUGACGAUGUUCUCGAGAUUCCCAAGCCGGCCAACUUCCCUAGCUGGCAACCGAAGCCUUUCGUUCCUCCCACAUUCUCCUCUCAGUCGUCGGCGAAUCCCUAUUUCAAACCUCAGAAUGUUGUGGACCUUACAUCGGAGCGCGGUGGAAUGGCUGCGAAUAGUGUUUUCAGAGACGAGCCAUACGCAACUUCGGAUCCGUCUAUCUACAUGGACUCGGCGCAAGCAAACGAGAACAUCAAAGCCCUGCUCGAAGGAGCAUUCGAGGAUGAAGAUGACAAACCGCGGACGAGAAGUAGAAAGAAGCAAGCGGACACGAAGCUGGAUGAGUUGACGGACAAAAUCAAGAACAUGACGGUCAAAGGCGAGGGCAACGCAGGCGCAGCAGACGAGGAGGAGGAAGAUGACGAAGAUGACGGCACCGUCGUUGGACUCAAGGUCACGCUUCUUCCUCAUCAGAUCGAAGGCGUCAACUGGAUGCGCGACAAGGAGACCGGCACGAAGAAGACCCGAGGCGUGUUGCCCAAGGGCGGCAUUCUGGCAGACGACAUGGGCUUGGGCAAGACCAUCCAAUCGAUCGCGCUAAUCCUCACCAAUCCAAAGCCAAGUGCGGAAGAGUUGGCCAAGAGCAAACGCAAGAUGCCCGAAGGCGUCGGGAAAGGAACUCUUGUGGUGGCUCCGCUCGCCCUGAUCAAGCAGUGGGAAGGGGAGAUCAAAGACCGUGUUGAAAAGGACCACGCUCUGAAGGUCUGCGUGCACCAUGGACCCCAGCGAGCGAAGAGCUACAAGGAACUCCAGAAGUACGAUGUUGUCAUCACCACAUAUCAGACGCUCUCGUCCGAACACGCCGGGUCCGAGGGCUCAUUGAAAGUCGGCUGCUUCGGCAUUCACUGGUAUCGAAUCAUAUUGGACGAGGCACACUCAAUCAAGAACCGCAAUGCCAAAGCCACGAAGGCCGCUUGUGCCUUGAACGCAGAGUACCGCUGGUGUCUGACAGGAACUCCGAUGCAGAACAACCUCGACGAAUUGCAGAGCUUGAUUCACUUUCUACGAAUCAAGCCUUACGAAGAUCUCAAUCAAUGGCGCGAGCAGAUCACGAAACCCUGGAAUAAUGGCAAGGCAGGUCUUGCGCUUAGGCGGUUGCAAGUCUAUCUGAAAGCGUUCAUGAAGCGGCGUACUAAAGACGUCCUGAGACAACAAGGGCCAUCGAAAGACGGAAAGGGGUCGGGCGAGGGAAAGUCGCCGGGCUUCAAGAUUGUCGCGCGCACCAUCGAGAAUGUGGAGGCAGAGUUUACAGAAGCCGAGCGAGAAUUCUACAAGCGACUCGAGUCCAGAACAGACCGAAGUCUGGAGAUGAUGAUGGCAGGGAACAAAAUGAGCUAUGCCUCGGCCUUGGUGCUUCUCAUGCGCCUCCGACAAGCCUGUAAUCAUCCGAAGCUGACAGGGAGCGAUUUGAGCAAGGAGAAUGACGCGUUGAGCGGCAGCCAGACGCCCAGUCGGAGAAAGGCCAAUGUCGACGAUGACAUGGAUAGCAUCGCCAAUAUGCUUGGAGGACUCACUGUGGAGACCAAGCGAUGCGAUGUGUGUCAGAUCGAGCUCAGCAGGAGGGAAGCAUCAGAAGGCGCCAUCCGCUGCGUCGAAUGUGAAGCAGACCUACAAGAACAAAACCAAGUAUUCCAGGAGAAGAAGAAGGCAAAGAAAGAAAAGAGAAUCCAACAGGAGCGACGGGCGGUCAAAGCUCAACGAAAAGUGGCCCGGCGUAUCGUCGAGGACAGUGACGAAGAAGAGAACGACGAGGAGGAGGAUCCAGAAAGUGUCUCCUCAUCCCAGGAAGACGACCAGGAUGACGACCAGGACGAAUACUCAUCAGACGAGUCUGACGCGCAAGAAGCAACCGUGUUCCAAUCCACCAAGAUCCGACAGCUUCUUUCCAUCCUGAAGGCCGACUCACAUCAACACAAGUACAUCGUGUUUUCCUUUUUCACGUCGAUGCUGGACCUGAUCGAGCCGUUCUUGAAGGACAACCGCAUCCGUUUCGCCCGGUAUGAUGGGAAAAUGCGCAAUGAUGCCCGUGAAGCGAGUCUGCAUUCUCUCCGCACCAAUCCCUCUACGCGGGUAUUGCUCUGCUCGCUCCGCGCCGGAAGUCUGGGGCUGAACCUGACAGCGGCCAGCCGGGUGGUGAUUCUAGAGCCAUUCUGGAAUCCGUUCGUCGAGGAGCAAGCCAUCGAUCGAGUUCAUCGCCUGAAUCAGACGGAGGACGUCAAGGUGUACAAGCUCACGGUCAAGGAUUCGGUGGAGGAGCGCAUCCUGGAGCUCCAGGCCAAAAAGCGUGAAUUGGCCAACGCCACCAUUGAAGGCAAGAAGGGAGCCAUGAAAUUGACCCUGCAAGACAUGUUGAAAUUGUUUGGCCGGGAUGCGGAAAGCGAACAUCCGGUCGAGGUUAACAACCUACACUCGGGUUUGGGAUCGAACAAGGGUCGAGGGCUUCUAGAUCGGGGCGGCGGUAGGACGUCCAGUUCAUCCACCACCACCGCUCCGGCUCGUGUCGAGUCAAGCUCCUUCUCUUCUUCCUCGUCGGCUGCUGGUCGAUCGGGCGGUGGCUACAGUCAGGGUCAGGGCACUAGUGCGAGUGCUGGGCGUGAGAGGAUGCGGAUCAGCGACGGGGCGAAGAUUGCUCGCAAGGAGCAUGAGAUCUAUGGUCGGAGAUGGUGA